UUAUCUUUAUUAGUUUAAGCCACCAGUUCAAAAUUUUUAAAGCAUUUCCCCAGAUAGCGUCCUUUAUUAUAGAGCGCGUGUUGGUCGGAACAUGUUGAAAAUCAUGAAGGAAAAUUUGGAGGAUCUUACCAGCCCAAAUCUAUGGCGUGCUGUAGCCGCCGAAAUGGUCGGGACUAUAUUCCUGGUCUUUUUGGGAUGUGGUGCUCAUACAUUGCAGAAUGGUCAACCAGCUGCCGUUGGAAAUGGGUCUGUAGUAACAACCACAGAACCGAGUGUUGUUCAAAUUUCGCUAACAUUUGGACUUGUUGUAGGAACAAUGGUAUGGUGCAUUGCUCACAUAAGCGGUGGACAUAUUAACCCUGCAGUAACAGUGGCAGCUCUUAUUACCCGUAGAGUGAGUGUAGUUCGUGCCUUCUUUUACAUUGUUGCCCAAAUUGUAGGUGCAAUAAUUGGAGCAGCAAUUUUAAUCGGUUUAACACCGGAAAGUCAACAGAAAACUAUUGGAGUUAACAGCUUGAGAGGAGGUGUCACGGAUGCUCAAGGAUUUGGAGUCGAAUUAAUGAUAACAUUUGUUGUUGUGUUAACAGUUUUGGCUUCUCUUGACGAAAAACGCACAGAUUUACAUGGUUCAGCUCCCUUAACAAUUGGACUUGCAGUUGCCCUAGGACAUCUAUUUGCAGUGUCCUACACCGGAUGUAGUUUGAACCCAGCAAGAAGUUUCGGACCAGCUGUCGUCAAGAACUCUUGGGAUAAUCAUUGGGUAUUUUGGAUAGGCCCGCUUGUUGGAGGAUCUGUGGCCGCCAUCUUAUAUGAAUAUUUUUUCUCUGCGGGGGCUACAUUUACAAGAACGAGGAAGUGUCUUACCAGAAGUAAAGCACCGCCAUCUUCACCAGAAAAACCUCUAGUAACCGCACCGGAAGACGCCGAGAUUAUCGAAAUUGAAGAUAAGAAAGAAGAAGCCGAGCAAGAACAAGAGGAAAACGAAAAGGCAAAUAACCAAACAGAUGGCCAGUAAAUUGAAUGAAAAGACCAGAGACAAACUAAUUGUAAACGUGUGAAAUUCCAUCAACAUAACCUUUCCGUGCAAUAUAAUUAUUUCACGUGAUUAGUUUUGUAGAAUUUUAGAUUUAAUUUAAUUUUAUAACUACUUAAACAGAAGAAAGGUUAUCAUUUAAAACAAAGUCAAGUAUUGAGCUGAAAAAAAGUUAUCUUCACAAAAAUUUAUUUUCUACAUGCAGUUGAUAAUAUACAGAAAUUGCAAAAUAACUUGACAACUAGAAAUAAGUAAAUUGGGUGAACUAUGAAAAUUAUAUGCAUCUUUGCGCAUGCAUAUCCUGUUUAAUUAAUCAUACACCAGUUGCAAUAAAAUACUCAAACCAAUAAUAAUUUAUGUAGUACAUUUGCCUUAGAUUUAUCAUUAUAAAAUAAUGGUAAAUAUUUGUAGUAUAUUUUGAUAUAGAUUUAUUUCAUUUUAAACAUUAUCAGUAUUGUAGUAGCUAUAUGUAUCAUAACACUUGUAUCUAGAAUAAAUUAAUAAAAAUAAAAAAAUACAUGUACAA